GCAAAUGAAUUUGAAAGGCGCCGUUUCUAACGGCAGCCAUUUGAUCGUAUUGGGAAGCAACGCAGACUAACAUAAAAAGGGAACAAAAUGGCUCCUAGGAAACGCACAACUAACGCUAAAAACAAGAAGAACCCUAAGAUACCCAAAUUAGAAGCUUUUCUUCUGGACUUUGACGAUGAAGUACGUACCAUAGUUGAGAAGUUAAAGGAGAAGACCAACAACCUUCUGAAAGAUGCCGACAACCUUUACAACAUAGCACUGAUCAAGAUGCCCAUGGCAGUGCGACAGAUGAACUGGAUUCAGUAUUGUGCAUCCGAAAAACCCAAAACACCAGUUGAUGAAUCAAAGCAAAAGGAGGAGGCUGCCCAAGUGGAGCUCACCAUAUCUCAGGAUCAUACAGUUCCACCCAAGUCAGCCAAAAAAGCUGCAAAGACCAGUGCAAACUCAGAAGAUGAAGAAAACCUGGUGUCUAAGUCUACAGUUAAAAAGGGAAGGCCAAAGAAGGUACCGUCAACCUCCAAGAAAGCCAGAGCCCUCUCUGUAAGCAAGCAGAAUGGCACUAUAAGGAGAUCUACUAGGAAGCCUUUGGUUACCCCAGCCAGAAGUUUCUUGGACUCCUCUAUUAUAGGCCCAACUCCACUCAUCACACCUCGCUUUGACUCCAGGUUGCCUAAGACUCCUGCAGUGCGAGUUCCUCGUCACAGAGAGAAGGUGUACAGCAUCUCUGUUAAUGGCUCUCCUAUCGCUGGAGGAACUGAGGACAUUGUUAUUAAUGUCCCUCUAGGCAAUGGGGAGUGUAUUCAGCUGCUGGCUAGUGAGAUGGAUUCUGUUGACCUGAGCCAGUUGGAUGCGAAAGUGAUUCACAGUAUAAGACAACUGCAGAACCGACUCACAGCCUUUUGUGGAAUAUCAGAGUAACCUGAUUGCUCACCUGAUUGAUUGUAUAUUUAGACUUAACUCUUGUUUAUAGUGUUACUGUCACUUUAAAAAAAAAUAAGUUUAUCCUUUGAUGUCUCCUUUACCUGUUGAACUGUCAUGAGCCUUUUACCUUGUACAUAAAUUCAGGUUAGGGAAUGUAGUUUUUAUAAUCCAUAAUACUACACUGAUGUUUUUUUUGUUUUACUUUUUUAAUUAGAAAUUGAUAUUUCAUUUCAUUUAUUCUGUACUAGUGGGGGGUUUUUUCUAUGCAGCACAUCUGGAUACCUGUAAAAUAAAGAUGGGAAGGGCAUGCACAUAUGCCUUUUAAAGGUCCCACAUGUAAGAUUUAUGUAACUGAAGUUAAUUUAAAUCUUUUGGAAAUCACAAUGGAGUCUUGUAUUGAACAGUAUAUUUUAGGAGUCAAUACACCACAAUUUACUCUCUUAACUAUAUAUAACACAUUUAGUGUGUGUGUGUAAGUGUAUAAAGACCACUGAAGAAAAUUA